AUGGAGAUGAUGAGAAUUGAUGGAUGGGUGAUGUUCACUCUGCUUCAAUUCUACUCAAAUCUUGAUCCAUCUCGAAGUACCAAAAUGUCCAACAAAUACUCAGUUCUAAACAAGUAUUGCCUCACUUCACAACAAUGUUGCUGGCUGGCUCCGAAAGCAGCAACAAUCACUAUCGCUAUAAUAGGUUUGUUACAAAGUCUAUCAUACAUUAUAUUCUUUUUUACUGGCGAAGAAUAUCUUAUUCAAUCUGGAAUGCAUCCAAAUGCUGUACAAGUAAUAAUUCAUAUGUAUGCUAUAACUGGUCUAUUGUUAUUUUCUUUAUAUAUUUUAUUACUAGUAGCUGCUUUAAUAUAUAGUGAAUCGUUAAUUUUAUUAUACCAGUGGUGUAUAAUUUUUUACUCCAUGAUAGAUGUUAUAUUUUUUACAUAUAUGAGUGCUACCAGUAAUGAUGUGUUGUCUGGUGUUCUGUGGUUCGUGAUUUGUGUGUUGUACUGGGUGAUGUUUUACGUUUUUAUAUUUUCUGUCAUUAACGGUUUCAGAAGAAAUAUUCACACAAUUGUUAUUCUAGUAACUUAAAUGUAUUUUAAGGUACAAAUUAAAAAGGUCGAGUAUUUUUAAACGGUU